AUGACUGCUUUCCAUCUUUUAGACCACCCCCUUGAAAUUGCAUUGAGCAGUCUAUUCUGUUACUUUACUGCUUAUGUCGUUUAUCAACGCUUUUUUCAUCCACUGGCGAAAUAUCCCGGGCCUUUCCUCGCCUGCCUUACAGACCUAUGGCAGGUGCAUCAGUUCAUGACCCUGAAGCAGCCUUACCACCUCACCGAGCUACAUGAGAAACACGGCUCAAUUGUUCGAUAUGGCCCAGACAAGCUAAGCAUUACUGAUGAAGAGGCCAUCAAGUCAAUCUAUCAGUCAGGAGCUCGCUUUAUGCCCAAAACCGAGUUCUACGAUGCUUACGGCGCAGCCCAUCCUAACGUAUUUGGCAUGCGUGAUGAAAGCUUUCAUUCUCUUCGACGCCGACAGAUGUCUCAUAGUUUUUCCACGAGUUACGUGAAAGAAAUGGAGCAACAUCUCGAUGAAAAUAUUCGAAUCCUCCGCCAGAAGAUAUUAUCUUAUGCUUCAGCUCAAGAAGUCUUUGAUCUCAAGAAAGCUUUGCACUACUAUGUCAUUGACACACUGGGCGAGCUUGCCUUCAGCCAAACAUUCGGGGUUCAAAUAUCUAAUGACGAGACGCGGGUUCCGCCCGUCAUUGAACAUAGCCUGCUGGCAGCAGUCACAGGAGCUUGGCCAAGUAUGACUGCUCGUCUGAAGAGAUGGCUUCCUCUUAUCCCACACAAAGGUCUUCAAGCCUUAUUCAAUGGCCGAAAGGCCUGUGCUGAAAUGGCUUCACGAUGCGUGAGCAUUCGGCUGAACGCCAUCAGAUCGAUGGAUGGAUCAAAUGAUAUGACUUCGGAAAGGAAGGACAUUCUCACGAAUUUGAUUAUGGCAAAGCACCCCGAUACGGGUGAACACCUGACUCAAACUGAUCUGGAAACAGAAGCAUUUGGAUUCAUUAUAGCGGGGACUCACACUACUAGUGCCACAGCGGCUCUACUUUUCUAUCAUUUACUACAUCAUCCAGAUAUCCUGGCUAAAUGUGUCGCAGAGAUUGACGCCGAUCUGCCUGUUCUGCAAUCAAGUGAAAGUGCUUAUUCAGUCACCGUGGCUGAGGCAUCAUUGCCAUAUCUACGGAACUGCAUGAAAGAGAACUUUCGGGUCACUCCAGUGUUCACAAUGCCUCUUGCCAGGCGUGUGAUGAUGCCUGGAGGAACAACUAUUGCUGGGAAUCAUAUCCCUCAGGGAACCUCAAUCGCGGUGUGCAAUCAUGCCUUUCACCACAACCCAACGGUCUGGGGACUUGACCAUAAUUGUUUUGACCCGUCUCGAUGGGAUGAGCCUGAAGUUGAGGGUAAAUCCAAGCUGUUGAUGCAUUUCGGGCUCGGUGGCCGCCAAUGCAUCGGCAAGACGGUAGCCACAACAAAUAUUUACAAACUAAUGAGCACGUUGUUGAGUGAAUUUGAGUUUGAGCUAGCUGAUGAUCUUGAGCGGAAGCAAGCACUUGUGAAUGGUUUCCAUGGGAAAAUGCCAGAGUUAAUCAGCGUUGGGAUUAGUGAUUUAGCUGCGCCUUUGAUGGUCAGAGCUAGAAAACGCAACAGGGCCGUUGUUUAA